UUGACUGACUCGUUUUGAGUCAUGGUUCGCAAUCAUCCAUGAUUCUUCUCAUAAGGUGUACAACUCACGCCAUGAAUUCUGUUACGGUACUCCUGUUAAUCGCCUUGGUGGUGCUUGCCAGUGCAGCGCCGAGGGACUAUGAGACCCACCCCGCGUAUGUUGCGAGACGCUCGCCUCAGUAUACUAAGGGUCAAACACCGGCUGUAAGGGGUGGCAACACGUCCAGCACGUCACUCCGCAAAGGCGAAUACAUGUGCGGUGAUAAAAUUUGUAAAUUGCAACCAGGAGAAAUACCAAAAGGCUGUAACGGAAUGUGCCAGUAUAGACUUAAAUAAAUGCAUUUAUUUUCA